AUGUCUUCUACUUCUUCUUCGUCAUCAUCAUCAUCAUCAACAACUUCAACCCCAUUUGACGCUGCACCAAAUGUUGCUACUGAUAUUCCAGGCCCUAGUACGAGGAGGACCCGUCAAUUUGAAGGCCCUUCUUCCUCUCGUCAACGUGCUAUGAAUGAGGCCUUGCCUGAGCCUAUUCUCGAAGCUUUGGCCACCCAAGUUGCCAUUGAUGCUGCUCACUACAAUGGACGUCUUGCUGCUGCUUCUGCCAUUUCCAUUCUUUUUCAGGUUUGUUCUACAUGGCGAGAUGUGUCGCACUCGGAUCUGCUGUGGCAGCGCCUCACAAGACGAAUCUGGCGCCACGCCCAGCGAUCCAGGCCCACGUGGCGCCAGGAAUUUAUCUACUGGCAUCGGACGGCUAGGAACUUCGCCACAGGGAGACACUCUUACAUCAUCCCACACUUGGACCCUUCCGAUCACCACCAAGGCCUCAUUUGCCGGUACCUCGCUCUCUCCGACACACACCUCGCAUGUGGCUACGUCGACGGCACCGUUCGUCUAUUCGACCUCGAAACCCGCGCCCACGUCAGCACCUUUGUUUCCGCACACGGCCACCUCUUCGGGCGCUUUUCGCGCUCCGUUUCCGGGAUAGUCAUCGUCUCAAACUCUCUCACCUUCGCCAGGCUGGACGGCGACGUUUACGUGGAUGUCAUUAAUGGGCCUGGGCCCAGCCACGCGCACCGGGCCGUGGCAGGUGACGUGGUUAAUAACGGCGUGUUGGUUGAGUUCACCGGGUGCGGACGCUGGUGGGUGGGCCUAUUCGCGGGCAUUGCGGGCCGCGCUUUUCAGAUUUGGGAUGCCAACAGUGUGGAGCGCGUGUUCGUUGGGGGGUUGUUAACGGACCCGGAGACGGUUAUGGGAUGGCACAUGCUGACGGAGUUAGUUGAACCGGUGGGUCGAGUGCGCGUAACAGAGGGCGAGUUUGUUGUGGCGUGCACGAGUUCAAGGCUGGUUAGUUUCAGUUUGAACAACCCAGAGUUUUUGGAGCUUGAUUUGGGGUCUAACACGGGUUUUGUGGUGACCUCGCUUGACACAAGCCACGAUGCAUUUGUUGUGGUGGAGAGGAGCGGUGUGGGAACGGUUCGGCGCGCCGGGACUUUCGAGCGGCUGAGCCGGUUUCGGCGAAGGGGUUCGUGGGUUCGGGGGUUGUGGGGGUGCAUGAACCUUGGCUAUGUCUUAACCUAUUCUGCUGCUGCUCCUGCUAGUUUGUUGAGGGUGUGGAACAUUGAGCACAUUGAAGGACAGUUGUGCGUGGAACUUGCUGUUAGACCUGGAGAGGGAAAUAGCAUGGUGGCUAAUGACAGACACGUGGCCAUUUCCUGGAAUGACACUUCUAUACACUUAUUGGAUUUUGGUGUACAGGAUUGA